ACAAGUCCCACAAUGGGCAGUCUUCAAGCUGAGGAGCAAGGAGAGCCAGUCCAGGUCCCAAACUGAAGAACUUGGAGUCCGAUGUUCGAGGGCAGGAAGCAUCCAGCGUGGGAGAAAGAUGUAGGCUGGGAGGCUAGGCCAGUCUCUCUUUUCGCAUUUUUCUGUCUGCUUUACAUUUCUAGCUGCACUGGCAUCUGAUUAGAUGGUGUCCAUCUAAAUUAACAGUGGGUCGGCCUUUCCCAGCCCACUGACUCAAAUGUUAAUCUCCUUUGGCAACACCCUCACAGACACACCCAGGAUCAAUACUUUGCAUCCUUCAAUCCAAUCAAGUUGACAGUCAGCAUUAACCAUCACACAUAUCAUAUAUUUUCUUAUUCAUGCACUUCUUUAUAUUAAACACCUGAUCAUGCCAAAAGGCCAGUCCAUAGUUCUUUUGCUUUUCAGUCCUUCCUUACGCAUCGGUGAGUCCCAGGUCGAGAGUAGAGGUAGAAUUCGUGCACAUAAAGUGCGAUGAAAACGGGCAAGUUCACUUUGUGCAGCAUCUGUUUUUACCAGCGUGGUUCUGGUAAAAACAAAAUCUAUAUGCAUGUAUAAGCUAUGAAGUACAAAUUGCAUAAUUUCUGUGAUUCCACAUACGAGAUCAGUGCACUUAUAUCAGUAUUUAAAACUGGCAUUGCACAUCGUAAAGAUGGAUGGUGAACUUCAUGCUAACAAUUUAAAUCUAAAUUUUUCUUGGAAUGAUAUUAAAUAACACAUAAAAACACUAUGAAAAGAGAGAAACUGAGAGGAAAGAGAAAGUUUUAUAUUUUAUGACCUCAGAGGCACUUUCUUUCUGUUUUUUGAACAAGGAAGCUCCGCACUUUUCUCUGAGCUCCACAAAUUAUGCAGCCAGCCUUGCAGCAGGCAACACAUCAAAGCCUCUUUCCUGGGGGUCUAGUGAGGGAUGUAAAACACAAAUAUGUUAAUAAAUAAUAUACAAUAUAAUGUCGCUAACAAUAAGUGCUGUGCUAAACAAAAGCCAGGAUGGCUACAGCAAGCCGGAGGGGAGCUGAGAAUUAGAUGUAAAUUCUGAGGGAUGGGAAGGGCCCUAGAUUUUAGGGCGUUGUGCAGAAGAGUAACCAGAUCUGCUCUACGUUUCAGGAAAGAAAAAAAAAAUUCCCUCUGGCUGCGGUUCCGAGAAUAGCCUGGAAGGAGGCAGGGGUCCCGGCUGGAGAAGCGUGGCUCCGGGGUGGGGCGUGCAGGGCGAGCCCGGGCGGGGCACGCUGCCCAACAAGCAGGUUUGGGGAGACUCACACCUUAGAUUCUGAGUUUUUAAGUUUGUUUCCUCAAAGCAGGGAACUCACGAACGUUUCGUGAGCACCUACGGUAUGCAGGGUACGGUGCGGAGCCCUAGCGUAACUGACGACCAGGACAGCCGAGCAGCUGCAGGAUCCGUCGUGUUCCCCAGCAAUUUUAAUAUUUAAAAAUUCGUUACUGUUGCUGUUACUUGUUUUCUAUGUAUUGGAUGUCUUCGUGAAGAACCCUCAAAAGUGCAACGAGCUCCUCCCUGCCAGAGGGCGGCCGCGCGCUCUGAGCACAGCUUCCCGCGAAGCCGGCCAGGUCCUCCAGGGCACCGAGAGAGCCGGCCAGAACGGCGGCGCCCUAUCCCGGCCGCGGCGAUGUCUGAUGGCGCCCCGGAACUGACGGUCUGGUACGCAGGGGCGCUCGGCGGCAACGGCGGCUUUAAACGUCAUCGCGGGCGCGACGCCUGAGGGACAGUCUGGGGUUUGGCUGUCCGGAAGGUGCAGCGGCGAGGCCGGCCGCGAAGAUGCCAGUGGCGGUGAUGGCGGAAAGCGCCUUUAGUUUCAAAAAGUUGCUGGAUCAGUGCGAGAACCAGGAGCUCGAGGCCCCUGGAGGAAUUGCUACACCCCCAGUGUAUGGUCAGCUUCUAGCUUUAUAUUUGCUCCAUAAUGACAUGAAUAAUGCAAGAUAUCUUUGGAAAAGAAUACCACCUGCUAUAAAAUCUGCAAAUUCUGAACUUGGGGGAAUUUGGUCAGUAGGACAAAGAAUCUGGCAGAGAGAUUUCCCUGGGAUCUAUACAACCAUCAACGCUCACCAGUGGUCUGAGACGGUCCAGCCUAUUAUGGAAGCACUUAGAGAUGCAACAAGGAGACGCGCCUUUGCCCUCGUCUCUCAAGCGUAUACUUCAAUCAUCGCCGAUGAUUUUGCAGCCUUUGUUGGACUUCCUGUAGAAGAGGCUGUGAAAGGCAUAUUAGAACAAGGAUGGCAAGCUGAUUCCACCACAAGAAUGGUUCUGCCCAGAAAGCCAGUUGCAGGGGCCCUGGAUGUUUCCUUUAACAAGUUUAUUCCCUUAUCAGAGCCUGCUCCAGUUCCCCCAAUACCCAAUGAACAGCAGUUAGCCAGACUGACGGAUUAUGUGGCUUUCCUUGAAAACUGAUUUAUCACUCUGAGUUCAAGAUUCAUCUUCAGAAUCCUGUAUACUGACAAAUGUAGAAAUGUAAAGUUUGUAUUUUCAAUUUAUUGGAUGGCUUAAGCACCUCAGCAUUCCUUACUGAGUAUGCGAUAAAAUACAUAUAGAAUAUAAAAUAUACUAUAUACAUUUUGUCCUUAAACAUUAUGCUGAAUAGUUGUUGAAACAGUUCUCAUUUUGUAAUAUUUAAUAAUCUGGAUGGAGCCUGUCAGUAUUACAGUUAGUUUGUUUUCUAGUGACUCAUAAAAUAAGAUUUCCUGUUUCAUGUAGAGUAGUGUUUGUCAACUGUCUUUUCUCUGUCCCAGCACAUGCCAUACUCUUAUAUGUACCAUUGGUUGAUAAUUAUAAUGAUUCAUUUGGACUUGAAGAAAGAUUGUCCCCAGGCACAGUAUCUGAAUCACUGGGGAUUAUGAUUCACCCUCUUUGGAGAACAUGCUCUCAUUUCACCCCCCACCUCCUGAGAGCCACUAAUGUAAGAUACAGAAACAUAGCUGAGGAACAAAUAGACCAUUUCCAUACUAAACCAGUUUGUUAACUUUAGAUUUUUUCCAAUAGUGUGAGUAUAUCCAUUGCUGGCAGUGGAGGGCUUGCCAUGAAAAUGCAACUUAUUUAAGACAUUCAUGAGACAUAUUAACUUGUGCUGUCUCCUUUUAGAAGGAGAAACUUAAGUGUAGAAUGCAUUAUAUGGGCAAAGAAGCUAUGAAGAUACAUGAUACACUUUGUGCAACUAUCCUGCAGCCCAUUGGUUGCUUAUAUUUAUCCCUUGGCUCAAGUUCUGCCCUUUGGAGAAAUACUGAGCAAGUCUUUCAUUCUCUGUGUGACAGCCCUCUGAAUAUUUGAAGUUGUUUGUUGUAACUUAAGGUUAUAACAGCCCUUAGUUCAUUUAUUCUGCAUUUGUUCAAUAAAUAUUUAACUGAAUUCUUGAA